GCUGUGUUUAAAAGCCCACAGCUCACAAGGAGAUAGGAUUUUAUGGAGAGUGGCUUCUGGGUACUGCUCACAGACAAGAAAGCUCUAGGAGGGCAGAACCAGGGGCACAGAAAGAGCCAGGACUAUCUGAGGCUGCUUUCAAGUAUAGGCAAAAUGAAGGUGACAUUAGUGAACCUAUUGUUUAUGAUGUUGCUGCUGCUGCUAGGCCUGGGGAUGGGCCUGGGCCUCGGCCUUCACAUGGCUGCUGCAGUCCUGGAGGACAGUGAUCAGCCACUGAGUGAUUUUUGGCUUGGCAACUCCCGGGACACAGCUGAGACUACGGAAGAGGGAGAAGACACCCAGACCACAGAAGCCCUGGUGCUUGGCUACAAAGAAAUGGCACAACCUAUUGGGCCAGAAGAAACUGCCCUCAACGAAGACGAAGUUGGAGGAAGUAGGAUGCUGAGGGCUGACGCUCUCUUUCAGAGCAAACAAGAUCACCUGAGGCUUGACUUGAAUGUCAGAGAAUGUAACACCUUGAUGGCACCCAAGAUGAAGGAGCACAAUCACAGUUGCAUAACCCAAUACACAUUCAUCCACGAGGAUCCAAGCACGGUCAAAGCAGUCUGUGACAGUCCCCCGGUGGCCUGUGGCCUCAAGGGGGGCAAAUGUCACAAAAGCUCCCGUCCUUUCGAUCUGACAUUCUGCAGGUUGUCCAAAGCAGGCCAGGUCACUCCCAACUGCCAUUAUCUGACUUACAUAUUUGAAAAGGUCAUUGUCACAACCUGCAGUGACACAAAGCCACUGGAGGUUAACUGAGGCAGCUCCUGCCUUUGCCUUCUCUUCACCUCAUUGUCUUUCUUCUUUUGCAUUUCCGUUUGCUGAUGCUUCUGUCCCCCACUGGAGUGCACUGUAGAGAAGAUCCUGGGAAGAGAGGAUGGAGCACUGCUGAUCUUUGUCAUCUGAAAAUGUAAUUAUUCUUUGCAUUAGGGGUCAUCCAACUGGCAUUUUAUUCUGGGGGUCAGAAAUGGCAAAACGCUGCCUAGUUUCUCCUAGACAUCUCUCACCUUCAGUCCUUGCCCUACAAAGGUCAAGCUCUAGACCCCCCCCCCCCCAUUAGCCAUGGUCAUCAGCCUGAUGCCUGGACUGAGAACAACUUGGGCACAGAUUAGAAGAGUUCCAUACAUCCUUGACCCAUCUCCUUCCUUGCUACCCACGUGGGGCCUCUGUGGUAAUCACAGACUCCUGGGCCCUGCCUGUACAAAGGCAAUGCACUUCUCUGGCACAGAUGUAAUUAAAGUGAUUCUAUCUAGGACUGUGUCGGGAAAGCCAUGUGGUCAGGCUUCUUAUCCUGAGCCUGGAAAAUUACAGAGAUGGUUCAGGAAGAAUAAGGGCUUGGGUAAGGACCCCUUCCCCUCUUCAAUCCCCUUUCCUCUCUUCCUGUUUUCACAACCUUUCUCUUUGCUCCUUUUUUCUUUGUUUCUU